CCCGCCUCCGCCAGCACCUCGGGCCCCGCCUCCCCGACCGCUUCGUCUGCGUCCCGCCUCCCCAGCCGCGCCUUGUCCCAGCGGAGGGAGCCGGGAGGUGCGGCCGCGCUUCUUCCGGCGUCUCCAACCGCCGCCGGCUCCCGCCGCCCACCCGGGAAGGGGAGGGCCGGGCUGCGGGCUUUUCUCCCUUCCAGAGGCCUGCGCGCGCCAGAGGUCCGCCCGCAGGGGGCUGCGCCGCAGCUCCGGGAAGUGGACGCCGUUCGCCCAGACGGUGGGCUCGACUGGACGCGGCGCCAUCCCGGAUGGAGCCGCCCGGGAAGAAAGUCUCCCAGUUAAGCCGCCGUGCAAUAAGAUGGUUGGGUUUGGAUUGUUGUACUUUUUUUUUUGUUCGUUGCAUUUUUAGGAACAAAAAAAAAAGCCCAACCCUUCACACCACUUCAUCCGCAUCUCAGGACCAGAAGCUGGCCCCGUGGCUCUGGGAAAUUGAGCCCGGCACCCCACAAGGGGUAGGGUGGGACGGGCACCUCUGCACCUCGCUCCCCACGGAGUCGCCGAUUCGCGUUGGGAGCGCGCCAGGGCUCUACCCUGGGGUUCCGGGCAAGGCACCACCAGAAGAGGGUUCUGUAUCGCCCCUCACCCCCACCCCCAACCGUGACCCUCUCUCUUUGCCGGCUUUACUCAGGACACCAAAGACCCAGUUCUGUUUAAAAUUCUCUUUUAAGAAAAGGAACGCCUGCUUUGCCUUUAGGGGAAAGCAUGAACUUUCAAAUUGGCUUUAAAGAUCCACCACUAACAGUUAUUAAGUCGCUAACCUGAUAAUAUUAUGUCCACCCCACGAUAGCAGACGCACUAAGCACUUACCAAUGAGCGGUGUAGAGGAUGCAAAUAUGGAUGAUGAAGGAAUGGCUCCUCCAAAAUUGAUAAUCGGGGGAAGUGAGGCGAGUACAGAAUCUCAGAACAUGCUGCAGCAUUGAGUUUGAUCCGAGUUGAGGAAGUUUGGGUUUGGUGGGACAUCGGUUAUUUUGGAGAAACGGUAUUCGAGACCUACCAUACAUGGCAGUUGAGCCCCUUGACUAAUAAUCCUUAGUCCAACCUCCAUAAAAGCCCCUGACCACAUCCUUCUCCUGAGAUUCCCACUUCUCUUUGAGCAUCUCUCUUCCUGCUAUAAGAAACCUAAUUUUGCCUUCGUAGAAAACUUAUUUUAACUUCCGUCAUUCAGUCUCAUAAGAACACUGCGAUAUAGAAAUCAUGAUCCUAACCCUAUAUAAAUGAGAAAACAGGUGAAGUGACUUUUCCAAGGUAAAACGAGGCAGAGCUAAGGCUAAAGGCAGAUUCCAGAUAUGGGUUCUUUCUACAGCACCGUAACUGUCAGUGACAAAACUGCACCCCAGUUCUCUACUAAGUGUUUUUAGGCCAGGCGCAGUGGCUCACAGCUGUAAUCCCAGCACUUUGGGAGGUCGAGGCCGGCCGAUCACCUGAGGACAGGAGUUCGAGACUGGCCUGGCCAACAUGGCGAAACUUC